AUGGAUGAUAGAAAGGUAGCUGGCAACCAAUUGCGGAGAAUCCGGUAUAAUCUGAGGCCUCCUCCCGAAGGGUCAUCUUACAAGGUUCAUAAGUAUUCUUUAGCGUAUACUGUUUUGAAUACCGAUGUCUUUUGGAUUAUCUUUAGUGAAAAACCUUUAGCUAAACAAAAUGCUAAAAGAGCUAUCACUUGUGUGAGCAAUAAAGAGCCUAAGAAGGUUUGUCACAACGACAUUGAUCUGCUUAACCCUCCAGCCGAGCUUGAUAAGAGGAAGCACGAGCUCAAGCAUCUUGUUCAGUCUCCCAACUCUUUUUCCACGGUGCUGCAAAACGACAUCGAUUUGCUUAACCCACUAGCUGAGGUUGAGACGAGGAAGCACAAGCUCAAGCGACUUGUUCAAUCUCCCAACUACUUUUUCAUGGAUGUGAAAUGCCAAGGCUGCUUCAACGGCACUACUGUUUGCAGUCACUCGCAUACUGCUGUGGAUGUUAAAUGCCAAGGCUGCUUCAACAUUGAUGUUGUCAGUCACUCGCAGACUGUUGUGGUGUGUGGAAAUUGCCAGACAGUGUUGUGCCAGCAGAUUCCUGGGUACAAGAAAAAAUCAAAGACUGUUGAGAUGUCAAAGUUGCUAGCGGCUGAGGAGUUAGAGAGCACAAAGACACUCAUUGAAGAGUUGAAGCUUAAUCUUGACAAGGCGGAAACAGAAGAAAAACAGGCAAAGCGGGACUCAGAACUUGCAAAGCGGGAAUCAGAACUUGCAAAGCUGAGAGUUGUGGAGACGCAACAAGGAAUUGUUGGUGAAGCUAGUGUUGCCACUAAAGCCCAGCUUGAAGCGGCUCAAGCCAGGCAUACAUCUGCGGUUUCAGAACUGGAAUCUAUCAAGGAAGAGCUGCAAACUCUUCAAAAUGAGUAUGAUGCCUUGGUAGAAGAGAACGAGUUGGCUAUGAAGGAAGCAGAAGCAGUUUUGGCUUCUAAAGAAGUGGAGAGGAAGGUUGAAGAAAUGCCAAGGCUGCUUCAACAUCACUAGUGUUUUCAGUCACGCGCAGACUGUUUUGGUGUGUGGGAAACUGCCAGACAGUGUUGUGCCAGUCUACAGUAGGAAAGGCGAGGCUCACGGAAGGAUGCUCUUUCAGGAAAAAAGUGAUAGAUUGAUUUUGAAGCUUGAAGCAAUCACC